AUUAGCUUUGAUGCCAACCUCGCUCACCUUCUUAUUCUCUCUCUCACCUAACCUGUUGAGACAUUGAUCAACUUCACCCUCUUUCUUUCUAUCUUUUUUGCUCUUCUUUAAAUUCUGUUGAUGAACGGCUUACUUUUAUAAUUAGUCCAUGGAGAGCAAAGAAGCUAAGGAUAUUUUUGGCGCCUCAUCAUUUCCUGAUCAUCUAUCAAGUAGUUACCCAUUACAAGGCAUAUUUGACUUUUAUGAGGGAGAGAAGAACUCAUUAGGGUUUAUGGAGCUACUGGGUAUUCAAGACUUUAGUACUUCUUUAUGUGGUACGGAUGCGGUACAGGUACCGUCCACGGUACCAGCCUUGUCUCCAAAUCCAACUCUUGUUGCUAAGAUGGAAUCUUCCGAGUUGUUGAAUCAACCUGCCACUCCUAACUCUUCGUCUAUUUCAUCGGCAUCGAGCGAGGCUGUGAACGAUGAACAGGUUAAAGUUGAAGAACAGGAAGAAGAUCAACAAAAGUACAAGAAACUGUUAAAACCCAAGAAGACAAAUCAGAAACGACAGAAGGAGCCGAGAUUUGCGUUCAUGACAAAGAGCGAGGUUGAUCACCUGGAAGAUGGAUACAGAUGGAGAAAGUACGGUCAAAAAGCUGUGAAGGACAGUCCCUAUCCUAGGAGCUACUAUCGUUGCACCAGCGCAUCAUGUGGUGUGAAGAAAAGAGUGGAGAGAUCUUCCAGUGAUCCAGGCGUUGUAGUGACGACUUAUGAGGGACAACACAGCCAUCCAAGCCCGCUGUUACCGCGUCCAAGUCUUACCGGAGUCCCUAUGGGGAACAAUACUGCCUUUGCUAUGCCAAUGCAGGGAGCAUUAUUAUCUAAUUUUCAACAUCACCAACAAUCCUUUCUAAGUAACUUCUUCCCUAUGAAUUUUGGCUGUAACGGUUCCUCAGCAAAUGCUGCUGCUUUUCGUCAUGAUCGGCGUCUAUUCGCCCCUGCGCCUUCCUUGCUCAAAGAUCAUGGGCUUCUUCAGGACGUUCUCCCUUCACAUAUGCUAAAGGAAAAUUAAUUAUUAGAUGAUGAGUAUAUUAUUAGCACUGCUAUGUAGUUCUUUUACUGACUUUUAUAUAAGGUGUAGAUGAAAAUCCAUGUCCAAUGUGUAAUCUUUAGUUGAAAGCAAGACAUUGCUCAUCUUUUAUACAAAGGAACUCACUGCACCUUAUUCUCAAACCCUUAAUAUUAUCUUUGUAACAAGGGUUUUUUAUUCUAUGCAACAAGGGUUUUUUAUUCUGCGGUAAAA